CUACUUAUUCCAUUGGCACCAAGAGAGACCAAUCCGAUCAACGCGGAUGAAAGUUUGUGGCAACGAGUGUCGCCCUGUUGCUCAAGUCUGUAAUUGCCAUCAUCAAGGUGAUGUAUCUUCACUUUCACUUCGUGCGGAAAUGCUCAAAAAGUCCUCCAGCCCUACACAACAAUACACUCAAGCAAAUUUAUAUAUAAAAUCAAGUCUACAACUUCAACUAGUGAUAUACAUACAGAAGGUAUACAUGGGUAUAUGCUUCAACAGUGCUAGUGCUAGUGCUUUUCGUCCAAUGAUAAAUUACCAGUUAUUUUUAUGGAUGCGUCGACUUUUCGAUGCACUGCAUCUUGUAAUAAUGCUAUCUUUGGCACACGGCGUUACGAAUCAAAAGUUCCAUCAACAUACUUAUAAUAGAGUAAGGUAA